AUGUUACGAGAGUCAUCCACUUGUGAACAAGAAGAAAUCUCAAUCGAACAAAAUUCCAUAUCAUCUACGAAUGAUGAUUUAAAAGAGUUAUGUCUUUUACUUGAUGAAGAAAGAUUUAAAAUGCAUCAAUUAGCUGAACAAUGGAAAAAUUUUGGUACAAGUGCAAUACAUAAACUUGAAACUCAAAUAGUUGAUUAUCAAGAAAAAAUGAACGAUCUUGAACAACGACAAAUCUUAUUAGUAGAAGAAAAUGAAUCUCUUAAAUCUCUUGUUGAUCAAUUAUCAAUAAAUAAUACUGAAUCAACACAAAAAAAAUCUCAACAAAAUAUUUCAACUCAAACAUAUUUUGAAAAACAAGAAUGUAUGAUUGAUGAUCCACUUCAACAACAAAUCUCGCUUCAAAAUAUGUUUGAUGCUAUAAAAACUGCUGAAGUUUAUGAAUCCAUUGGAAAUAUAACUGGUAAUGAUGCAUCAGAAAAAAUUGUUUUAAAAGAAUUUUGUAAUCUCAUUUGGAAAUAUCUUGAAGAACGUUCAAAACCAAAGAGUAGUUGUUUAUUAUAA